UAUGAUUUUCUGUAUGAAUCAGACUUCUUGCAUAAUUUCAUACGCAAUUAAUAAUUUGAGAAUUGCAAACGUUGUAAUUUUUAAUGAACAUUUCGUCAAUGCAGAAGGAGUUAAUUCUUGAUGGUAGGUAGCAAAUAAGGGUAACGCUCUGGGUGGUCAAAGUCCCGGUUCCGCAUUCUAUGUCCACGCCUCUUAACCGAAUAUCUGGAGUGAUUAAUGGAACAAUGUCGAGUUGAUUAGAACCUAAUUAUUGGCGAUGAAUCCAUUUGAAGAAUCCAUGAAAGCAACCAAAGCUUUUGGAUUUUUUUACUAUCUAACCGAUCUCUACGAUUAAGAUAUCAAAAAAGAUCGUACCGUUACAUAUUAGGGUGUUAGAAACAGUUACCUGGAGAAGAAUAUCGCAGAUACAUCGUCCAAAUUUGGACGGGCCAUACUAGUUAAUAUUAAUGCACUAAUUUAAAUGCAAUUAUUGACAAAUAACUAGAGCUACUUAAUGCCCUUUUCACCGUCGUCGUAUAAUUUUACGGACAAUUGAGUUUACAGGCACGAAAAGAAUGUGUCGACACACAUCUGAAAUGUUAACAUACGUAAAUAUAUUGAUCUAGUUAAGCCUAGUUCUGCUUGAAGACAACAUGCAAUAGAUAUUAAUUCACGCACUUCUAUAUCGAAUUAAAAGUACACGUUUUAAAAAUGUACCACGCCAAAGUGACCCUUCUGAUUUUUGGAACUUUUCUAAGUGUUCCGUCAGCGUUUGCCAUAUAUUCGCACGUUGUCACCGCCGUUCCCGAAUAUUAUUAUGCGUUACAGGAGUAUGCGCCUACUUUUGACAAUUACGUGCCAGCUGAUUAUACUUUUGAAUAUUCCGUUUCUGAUCCAAUCAGCGGCGAUCAUAAGAGUCAGUGGGAACACAAGAAGAAUGGGACUGUUCGAGGAGUAUAUACUUUUUUGGAAGCCGAUGGUACCACGCGUUACGUCGAGUACGUAGCUGACAAGCAUGGAUUUCGAGCAAAUGUAAAAAGAAUAGGCACUCCUGAAGGCAAUAAUGUUGUAAUCGAUCAUUCCAAAAAAUUGGAACUUGUAAAAGAAUACAGCCCUUUAGCUUUUGACGAUGUCGAUAUAUUGGUAAAGUCGUAUAACUUUGGAGAAGAAACAGAGGUUCAUGGUCUCACCGGAAAUGAAGAAGAUGAUUCUCUUUAUACUGUAUAGCUGCUGAUGAAUGAAUAGACACCUACAGUUACCCUGACAUCAACUGACCCCUAGCAAAUUCUAAUUUGAAAUUUUGAAAGCCGGCUUCAUCAUUUAUGUGAACAGAAUAUAUACUAUUACAACGAACUUGAACAUAUUCCAGCCUUUUUGCUCUCGCACUGUUUUCCUGCUUGUUGUUCUUUCACAUCUGACUUCUCGUCUGCACCAGAUACUUUAAGAUUAAUUUACAUUUCGCCAAUAACGUACAAAUGUUAUUGAGCCCGAAACACUAUUAUUUCCUUUGCUAAAUGUAAUGACCGGUUGGUACCUUGCGUAACAAGCUUUAUUGGAUAUUGUACAUAUGU